GUAAACUCACGAUAAAAUUGAUUGUUAGUCAGUGAUUCCAUGUGCGUGAAGAUAAAUGAAUCAUACGUGAGGAAUCAAUUGUAAUUGAAAAAUAAAUAGAGAAAGGAAAGAAGAAAAAGUGAGAUACGAGGACGUUAAGUUUUUCAGUCUUGCCUUUUUUUGGAAAAUGAUUCCAUGGCUGUCCAUGAUUCUUCUGGUAAAACUGAAGAAAGAAGGAUGAAGAAGAGUAGAAAUAGAGGAAUGAGGAAAUUGGUGGUAGGAUGAGAAGGAUUAGGUAGCAUAGCUGAAAAGACACGACGAGAAAGCCAAAGUCGGUGAAAGCAAGCAAACGACUUGCUAGUACGGCAAGUGUUCGAUCCGAGCGUGACAGACGUCGCUUGGCACUUGUAACAUCCACGUGCAUUAAAAUUUUAUUUUAUAUAUACAUUUUUUUUUCACUUCUGACUGAUCUUGACAGUGGUAAUUGGUUGGCAAUUAGUGGUUUGAUUGUUUAUUAAUGCGGCAAUUUUUAUUUUGAAUCAUUGUUGUUUUGGUGCUGUGGUUGUGGAAAGAAUUUAUGUGAACGAUGACAAAUUUGUGGAGGGUUGAUUGAUUUCUUCAUACACUGAGUUAAAUUUUUGGUGGAUGAUGCUGCUGAGAUUCAUUGCAAGGAAAUCAAUUGCUCAAAAUGACAAAUAUGCUGUUUUUGAAGCAGCUAUUGUCGUGUUUGUAUUCAACUUCAUCGUCGAAAUUCAGGGAAGAAAUGUUUAUGGAACAGAACUUGGUGACAGGCCUCAAGAACAGUUUGCGUAUUCGAGAUCCAGGAGUUUUUCGAGGGAUCAAUUUUUUCCGGUUGUGAGAAAACGGCUUAGUAUUGAUAGAUAUUUUGACGGUAGUGAUGAUUUUAGUGGUAGUAAUAAUCAUAAUAAUAAUAAUAAUAAUAAUAAUAAUAAUAAUAAUAACAAUAGUAAUAACAAUAUAAAUAGCAGAAUUGAGAAGAAAGAAAUUAGAAGAACGCAAAAAAAUGAUGUGCAGAGGUUAACAGAAUUCAAAAAUAAGCCGCAGAGCAAAUUAAUCGAGGAGGAAUUUACGGACGUCCAAAUUGAAAAGCUGCAAAAUUUUGGGGAAGACGAUGAUACUAAGAAUGAAUUGGAGAAGCUUUUGGACGAAUUGAGGGGUUCAGAUGGCAGCAAAAUUGAGGAACAAUCAAGUGAGCGUGGACGUCGUGGUAGAAGAAGAAAACUUAGCAGCCAUGAACAAGGAAUUCUACUUGUGGAGACUCUGAAGAAGAAGAAAAAUUACACUAGUUACGACGACCAUCGGGGGCAUGCGGCGAAUCUUAACAGUGGAAUAAUGGACAUGCUUGGGAGAAUGAUUCCUCAAACGUGCAAAUAUAAAGGCGCCAAAUUCGAAUGUGGUUUAAGUAUCAGCUGCGUGUUGAGUGGGGGACGACCUGUUGAUUUAUGCUCCGGUGGUCUCAUUUGGAGCUGUUGUGUUGAUGAUGAUGAUAUCCCGGAAAAAGAGCCUUCGAGACCUACAUCUGGAGUCCUGCAAAAUGCCACGUUUUCAAUGAUCUUGGGGAAUCAACGACCUUAUGUGGAAGACGAUGUGAAAAUAUAUGGAAACGGACUGGCUCAGCGACCCCAUCGACCAAAUUCUCAUCAAAGUGGUGACAAUAGUGGACUUUACGGGUCUACUUACUCGGCUUGGGAGCAAGAUCGGCCCAACGAUUUGUCUUCUUUUGAUCGCCCUAACUAUGCCAGUCAUCCUGACACUAGUUAUCCAAAUAACUUUUAUCCUGAUGAUGAUUACAACACUCGUCCAGUUGUUGGAGGGACUGAAGAUUAUCAGAAUAAUGCACAGGAUCAGUCCAAGUACCGUGGCUGCGGAGAGCUCUACACGAGAAGUAACAGGAUCGUGGGUGGACAUAGCUCCAGCUUCGGCAGUCAUCCAUGGCAGGCGGCAAUAAUAAAAUCAGGUUUUCUGACAAAAAAAUUGUCAUGUGGAGGGGCAUUAUUAAAUAACCGUUGGGUUGUCACUGCUGCUCAUUGCGUUGCAACAACUCCAAACAACAAUCUAAAAGUAAGAUUAGGUGAAUGGGACGUGAGGGACGGCAGUGAAAAACAGCUGCACGAAGAAUACAACAUAGAAAGAAAAGAGGUUCACCCUCAAUAUUCGCCAACGGACUUCCGGAAUGAUGUAGCUUUAGUGAAGCUUUCACGAGCGGUUGCUUUUAAACAACACAUUGUUCCAGUUUGUUUGCCUGCACGAAAUCUGAAACUUUCAGGACGCACUGCAACCGUAGCGGGCUGGGGAAGGACGCGACACGGUCAAAGUUCCUCUCCAAACGUUUUGCAGGAAGUUGAUGUCGAGGUUAUUCCUAAUGAACGGUGUCAGAGGUGGUUCAGAGCUGCCGGACGAAGAGAAACAAUCCAUGAUGUUUUUCUGUGCGCUGGUUACAAAGAAGGCGGCAGAGAUUCUUGUCAAGGUGACUCAGGUGGUCCUUUGACGAUGGCCGUUGAAGGCAGACAUGUUUUGAUAGGCUUGGUCUCUUGGGGAAUUGGUUGUGGCCGUGAACAUUUACCAGGGGUUUAUACAAAUAUACAGAAAUUCGUACCGUGGAUCGACAAAGUUAUGAGUUGAGAUGUUGUCAGCAAUUAUUAAAUAGUAAUAAUUAUUGUCUUUAUUUAUUUAUUGUCAUAAUUGUUAAUGCCGGCCAACCUCAUCUCUACUCGUUUUUUCUGAUCAUGUAAGAUUAGAAUUUUUUUUUCUUGUAGAUAUGUUGUACAAUUUAUAAUAAUUAUCAAGCCCGUCUUUUUCAUAACUAUUAAACUUAGUUAAAAAUUUUUUUGCGAUAAUUUAUUGUUUUAUAAAAAAAUGCUUGAG